AUGCCUGAUGAUGACGGUGAUGACGAUGAUGAUGAUGAUGAUGAUGAUGAUGAUGAUGAUGAUGAUGAUGAUGAUGAUGAUGAUGAUGAUGAUGAUGAUGAUGAUGAUGAUGAUGAUGAUGUAUAUGUUCAUUGUUUGCUCUUUAUAAUUUUCAUCUAUUGUGAUGGUUUAAUUCAAGUCACUACUCCUAUUUCACUUUCAAUGUUGUUAUUAUUAUAG